UUUUGGGGUCACUGAUUACAAAUCUGAAAUCAGAUUUACAAAAUUCAGAAUGACGAACCCAAUCACCGACUCCGAAAACGCGUGCAUAGAGUUGUUUGACCGGAUUCGAUCAGAUUUUCAAUUUUGGCCGCCAUAUUGGAUCCGCCAUCUUGAAUAUUUGAAGCCCGAUUUCAGAUUCGUAAUCGACGACUCCAAAAAUCAUAGAAUACUACCUUGUUGUCAACGUCCUAUUAUAAAAGAUGACUCAGUACAAUAAUGUGUGAACUCGAAGGGUUAAGAAGCGAACAUGAAAUUGCCCUCUCAUAAACCGGCGUCAAACGGUAUUGAUCUAAUUGCGUUGAAUUCAAUCGGGUCUUGAAGGUAAAUUUCGUUUCAAUUGUCUCACACAACUUUGUAUAGCAUUGUAAGUGAAACAGAAAAUGCGAUCGUAUUAUAUCUUUACUGCCACGUAUGCGGUUUGUUUAACCGGAAUUGAUUGUGGAGGUUUUUUUCCUAGAACGUAUAACCAUAUUAUCGAGAGUUACCUACGGUCCAAGCUCGGGUCCAAGGUUCACGAUUACUCUGACAUGCUCGUGUAAAUGAUGAAGUAGCAUCGUUAUCGGUUGACGUCUGGUAUAUUGGUCUUAAAUAUCCCUUGAAUGUAGUUCGCAACUUAGAUGUAUGGAAAACUUUUAAUAUCAGAAUAAUACAUACAAAUAUCAUUACAACACAUACGAGAAAUUGAUUGUUUUCUUUAAUGUCAUUCGUACAUUCAAUUAGCGGAUGGAUCAAUAGCGGGUUGAAACCAAUUCGAUACCGACGCCAAUGAAUGCACAUUAUAGAUAUGAUAAUGCCUAAUAUUAUCUUGAUUUAUGGCCCACUUGUACUGAUCGUUAAUAUCCAAUCGAUGCCAACGAUAAAUAUUUUGUUUAAUCGAUAUCUUUCGUCGUGUUAUCAAGGAACUAUUCAUAAUUUAUGUACACUAUUGGUGAGAUCCUUGGAGACGACGGUUCGUUUUCAUCUUCUCAAAUGUCAGAGCAGAAUCCGGAAAUGAGAGAGACUGCAGCCCGAAUUUGUCGUGAUUAUUUACACGGUGCAUGGAAGUAUGUUACCGCGGAUAAUAUCGGCUUCAAACGGAUCAGCGGCGGCUUGAGCAACUGGCUGUACAAUGUGGAGCUUCCGGAAGGAGCCGCACCUGUACGAGGAGAGCCUCGCCAGGUGCUUUUGCGACUGUACGGACAAGUCCAUGGAGAACGAGCACUCGAAGGACUGAUUACAGAGUCUGUGAUUUUCACUCUUUUGUCAGAAAGACGGCUGGGCCCAAAGCUGCACGGCAUAUUUCCUGGUGGUAGAAUCGAGGAAUACAUUCCAGCAAGGCCCUUGCUGACCAAAGAACUCGCUGACCCGUCUCUCAGUGUCCUAAUCGCUGAAAAAAUGGCCAACAUACAUUCCAUGCAAGUUCCCAUUAGCAAGGAACCUACCUGGCUAUGGGACACCAUGGCAAGAUGGCUCGACACUGCUACUGAUGUCCUUGAAAACCCUGGUGAAGUGGAGCCAAAACUAUUGGACAACGUCAAUGUACUCAGAUCCAUGGAUUUGUCUCAGGAAGUUAAAUGGCUUAGGUGUUUCAUAACGCAGACCAAAUUUCCUGUUGUAUUCUGUCAUAACGAUAUGCAAGAAGGUAACAUCCUUCUGAGGCAAAAUACCAAGAAACCAGAAUUAGUCCUCAUCGACUUUGAAUACUGUUCGUACAACUACAGAGGAUUCGAUAUUGCUAACCAUUUCGUCGAGUGGCAGUACGACUACACAGCACCCGAGUAUCCAUUCUACCAUGAGCGAGGAGCGGCUGGCCCUACCAGAGAGCAAAAGUUAAACUUCAUCCGGAGUUACCUGAGGACGCUAAACAAAGAGGGAACCGCGGAAGAAGAACGUAUGAUGCGAGAAAUCAAGACAUUCUCAUUAGCAAGUCAUCUCUUCUGGGGACUCUGGUCUAUUGUCAAUGCCAAACUAUCCCAAAUCCCAUUUGGCUACUGGGAUUACGCUGUGAGUAGGUUGAAAAAUUACCAAGAGCUGAAAGAAAAAGCAAUCGCAUUGCAAAUGGACCCAGUAGACAGUGGAGUAAAAAGAAAAGUCACAGAUAUGGACUGAAUGAGGUGAAGGGCUUUACGCGAUUGGUACCUAAGAGUAAUUCUGCACUGCAGAGUAAUAUUCUUGCUAAACCCUCAACACACAGCCAGCAGUUACUCUUCGGAGAUUAAUGAAAAGUGAUCUCCAAAUCAUGCAUUAUAUGUCAUACAGUAGAAUCACGGUGUUAUCAACUGCUCAAACCUUCUGAUGAUAACAAGGGAGCUAUGAUUCAUUCCUUAAUAGGGUGCGAGCCAUUCGCUGAAGUGAAUUAAUAGGCUCGCGAUCCAUUGCAAAUGGAUUCUAGAGUGAAACAAGCCAGUGGCUGCUUCAAGUUGAUGGCAACAAGGUUCUACUGUAAAUCGCGAUUUGUAAUUAGAUCUUAAUGCUACAAUAUUGCUCAAGUUCAGUUAGAUCAAAGCGGGAUGAGAACAGAGUCAAGGGGUCUCGAUAUAAAGGGAAAACAUGAUAAUAUGGCUGGUCUGCCGUCCACUUAUUGAAUUCAAUUUGACUUCAGGACAGUAAAUCAAGUAAAAAUUGAAAUUUUAAUAUUUUGCUUAAAAGACUUUUACUUUUCACGUAUCGUGAUUUACUCAUACCCUUUUAUAUUCUGUACUUAAAAGCCGCUAAUUCCAAUUGCCAAAUUGACUAAUGCAUGAUAAAAUAAACAUGUGUAUGAUGCGCAAUGUCUAGCUGGCCCGCUGAAAGACGUGCAGCAUGUCACUUGUGACGUCGUUAAAGUUGAUUGUUACAAUCGAUUAUGAAUUGAAAGUAAUGAUAAAUCUAACCAUUGACAUAUAAGACUAAAAUUUUUAAACUACUGUUAUGGUAUUUUCGAAUGACAGCUAAAGUGAUCAACAACUUUCAGUCUGGUGGUUGUACUACGUAUACAACAUUCAAAAAAUUACAUCCCGCUUGUUGAAAGAUGUAUUUUGCCUUCCGGAAUAGAAGGCUUUUUAUGGCUCCUACUUGAAAUGUUAGUAGUACUUUACAACUUUUUUAUUACUUAUUUAAGCUGUGAAAUCUCUUCACAAUAUACUACACUAUCGUUAGCAAUAUACGUAUAAUAUGUUUUUAAGUUCGCACGUUGCUAUUUAAGAUGUAGAGAAUAAGGCUGCCCAUGGCGGAGGAGAAACUUCGAAAAUAUUUUCAUUGAAAUUCAAAAGAAGCGGUCUAAGAACUGAUAUAAUUAUCUUUAAUUUACAUGUAAAAUUAUCGUGAAUUCUAGUGAACUUUGAUACAGUCGGGUGAGUGCAAAGAAGUGGCUCACCCUGCAGAUAUCUGUGAUUGGAGAAUUUUAUUACUACUGUUAUGUUACUACAUAUAUAAGAUAGACAAACAAGAUUUUAGAAUUGUCUAAUUGUAUUUCAAUUUAAUGUAAUAAUUAUUGUUUCGAAACUAUGUAAUAUUGUUUUAUAAUAAAGUUUAUUAAACAUUU